AUGGACGGGCACGUCCAGCACAUUCGGCGCGACGCUGCGGCGUCGGCCUGGGACGAGCAGCAGUCGCUGGGCCGGCUCAAGGCCUUUGAGAAUGUAGACAUGACGCCUAGCAACUUCCAGCUGCGCACGGAGAACGCACUCGCCGAGGAGACCGCCAGCGUCGCCGAAGAGAAGCUCUCCCUCAUUCAGGAGGAGAGCGAAGCUGCCGGCGACCGCGCCGAGCUGGAUUUCGACGAGCUCUACCCGGACAGGGGCGGGCCGUCGGGCAACGGAGCGAUGGUCCACAAGGUCAGCUCGUUCAAGCAGGGCAUGGCGAAGAUUGUACGUUCCAUCAGUCGAGCAUUUUCGAUCCGGAAGACGCCCUCGGGCCUUGGGCCGGUCACGGAGGAUGGCGAACUCAACCUGGAUCCAGCCACGAUGCCCACGCUCAUGGACAGCCCACGGGGCCUGCCACGGCGCCAGGAGUCCCACCAGGCGCUGUUCCGGUUCAAGUCGGUGAAGCUGAAGCGCGAGGACUCGUGUUUGAGCGACUUCAGCGAGAUUCUAGACGAGAUCGACCAGAUGGAGAUGAUCGGCGGCUCCCUCGCCGACCACAUGGGCGCAGACGACGAGGAGCCGCGGGAGAAGUACGUAAUGAAAAAGUACCAGGACAAGAAGAUGACGGUGAGCAAAGUCAAGGAGAUCGGGCUGGACUCGACGUACAACAUGAUGGUGAAGCUCGGGCGGUGCCUGAAGACCAAGAACGGGCGCAGGCUGACGCGCACGCAGUCUGGGCGCACCAUGUUCACCACGGCCACGACGACGACGCGCAGCGUGGCGCGCGGGCGGAUGAGCAACUCGCGCCGCACGAUCCGGCUGGGCAAGAGAGGCUCCGGGGGCCUCACUUCCGCGAUCGACGAGGAGCCGAUGGGCUUCCAUUCCCACCAGCAGAUUGCACGGUACCUGACGCUGGUCGAGAAGGCGGUGGACGACCGCGUGAACAAGCACCUCGUGGAGAUAGGGCUGCGGAAGGAGCUGGAGCGCGACGAGGAGCUCAUGCGGCAGUGGGAGAUGGAGAAGGAACACGCGCAGGAGCUGGCAAAGGAGCGGGCGCUGGCCCACAUCAUCGAGAUGGAGGAACGCGAGCUCGCGGCGCUCGAAAUCCAGUGCGGCGUCCGGAUGAUGCUCGCGCGCGCCAAGCUGCGCGAGCUGCGCCGACAGAAGGCCGUCGCCGACCAGCUCGCAGCUGCGAACGCGCAGUUCGAGGUCGACAUGGCGUCCUACAGGGCCGCGGAGGCCGAGGAGCGCAAGCGGCGCAAGGCGCAGGCGGCGAUGUCGGCACUCUCGGCGAUGGAGCGCAACGAGGAGGCGCGCCGGCGGCACAUCUCGCGCGUGCGCAACCACGAGGUCGUCCCCGGCGGCGUCGCUGUCGCGAACAUCGGCGGCGACUUCAUGUUUCCGACCAUCGGCGCCGGCGACGCCUCCCUGCACGGCACCACGGGCCUGCGGAACCCCGCGGCGCCCGGCUCGCAGCUCUCCCAGCGGAAGUUCGUGCGCCGCGUCAGCGACCCGGCGCUGCGCAGCAAGCCCGCGAGCCUCCAGACGCAACUGCAACAGCUCGGCGUGCGGGGGGACCUGCGGAGCACGGUGUGCGGCGCGACGCCGCGCGGGGCGCUGGCGAUGCGUGCGAGCCAGCCGAAGCUCAGCGCGCUGGCGGUCGACGCGACCUCGUCGCACGACGCCACGCUCAAGGCCGGGUCGAGUCAGCCGCUGUCGAGCGCGGGGGGGACUCCCUCGGGGUCGGUGAAGCCGACGGCGAAGAAGGCGGGGAGCUCGCGGGCCGCGGCGGCGCGUCCGAACAUGCCGUCCGCGGACGCGGAGCGCAGCGUGCUCGGCGGGGGGCUGUCUGGGCAGACCCUGGGGGGAGUGGCGCAGGUGCGGGGGUCGGGCGGGUCCGCCGGCGCGACGCCGAGGGGCAACGCGCGGGCGAGCGCGAAGGGCGAUGUUCCACGGGGCUCGCACGGGGGCCGGGAGAGCCCCGCGCUGCCGGGCGCGCUCCCUGGCCGCCCUCUCGGCGCUGUUGGAGUUCGGGCUCCUGGUGCGCAGCGCGUGGGCAGCGGCGAGGCCAGCAGCCUGCACAGCGCCGGCAACAGCAACGCUGCGCGCGAGGCCGGCAGCGCGCACGGUCCGCCGCAGCUCGACGUGUCGAGCGCACGCGCUGCGGUGGCGGCGUCGAUGGGCGGGAAGAGGGGCGGCGGAAAGGCCGGCACGGCGACCGGGACGAUCGCGCCGUCGCCGCGAGCGGCGCGGCCGGGCGCGAAGCCGGCGCUGGAGCCGCUCGAGGUGGUGCGAGGGCAGGGCGCGGCGGCGGCGCUGGCGGCAGGGGCGGACGUGGUGGCGGGGGCGUCUGGGGGGGCGUCGGCUGACGUCGGGCCGCGGCUGCCGCUCCCGAGCGUCGCGAGCUCCGCUGCGGAUAGCGCGUCGCUGGCGCCGCUGCUGAAGAUCAGCUCGCGGGACGUGUCGUCGUGCCUGCAAGAGCCGACAGCGGUGGCCAGUCCGACUGCCUCAGGGAGCCACCGGCUGGUGUUCGAGCGGCCGCCCGACGGCCGCGACCUCGCGUCGCUGCGCGAGGGGGUCGUCGGGAUGUCGACGAACAAGUCGCGGCGGUCGUCAGGGGGGGAGUCCUUGGCGUCGGGCCACGUGCAGCCGGCGACGCCCUCCAUGCCCGGCACGGCGCCCUUCUCGCCGUCCAGCGGCACGGGCCUCGCGAACGACGCCGCCGUUCGCCCGUCCUCGCCGCUCCCAACGAUCCCGUCCGGCAUCACUGGCGCCGCAAUCGACGCUGCCAAGCAACCAACCGCUUCCGCCGUUCUGCCCUCGGAGCAGCCCGCGACGUACUCCGCGCGUGGCAACGGCCUCCGCGCGGGCGGAUCGACGCUCGGGCACGCCUCUUCGCCCACGGUGCGGUCCCCGGCCGGCAGCAAGGUCGCCAGCACCAGCAUCAGCAUGGCCGGAGGGGGGGGUGUUCAGCUCGAGGUAGGAAACAAACGCGGAUCCGGCGGCGCGAACGGGCAGGGGUCCGGCGUCGUGGAGCCUGCGCUCGGCCCCGGACUGUCCGGCGGGGCUCUGCCGUCACGCGCGAAGAAGAGCGCGGUGACUGGGCUGCCGGACCCGAAACGCGCGACGAGCAAGCUGACAGGGGCGGCGUCGCCGCGGAAGAAGGGCCCCGCGCGGGGGGCGUCGCCGGAGGACGCAGUAGUGUCGCUGCCGAAGCUCAACGGCCGGCGAUGA